AUGAUCAAGAUCUUUGUUGGAGAAGGUGAGAUUGAGGGGCUAUGGGAAGACCAGCAAAUCGACUACCGAUUCUUGUCAUUAUGGGAAGAGAAGAGGUGGAAAGAUUUGCAGAAGAAGAUGCGCCAGGAAACUCCCGCAGAUGAGACUUACGCAGCAGCUGUGCAACAAGACCUUUCGCCAUACACGGUUAAUGUCAAUGGCGUUCUGUUGCCUCGAUUAGACGGCGCACCAUCUCAAGAAAGGCCUGCCGAGCUGGUCUCUACAGCUACUACGGAAGAGAACAUGAAGAGGAUCGCCUAUGGACUUCUUGGAUCCAGCCCAAUUCUACUCACUGGACUCGCAGGUUCAGGCAAGACGCUUCUUACUCGUCAUUUCGCAUGGCAGCUCAACAAGCUCGACAAAAUGGUCACCCUCCAUCUCAACGAACAAAGUGACGCGAAGUUACUAAUCGGAAUGUACACAACUGGGGCCAAACCGGGAACAUUCGCCUGGCGCGCAGGUGUGCUUACCACGGCUGUCCGAGAAGGAAGAUGGAUUUUCAUUGAGGACCUUGAUCGAGCGCCAAACGAGGUCAUCAGUACACUUUUGCCGCUCAUUGAGCGCGGUGAGCUGCUCAUACCCAGCAGAGGAGAGACCGUACGAGCAGCACGUGGCUUCCGCAUCAUCGCAACUAUGCGAAGCACGCUCAAUCCGCGAGGACAAGAGAUUAUCCCCCGUCAGAGCAUGAUCGGCUAUCGGUUUUGGAAGUCUAUUACUGUGCAAAUGCCACAGCUAGAUGAAUUUCGCCAGGUGAUUCAUACCAAGUAUCCUGCGCUGCAGAAACAUCUUUCUGGGAUCAUGGAAGUCUAUGCGCGGCUAUUGGAACUGUACUCAGAUGCCAAGUUCUCAUCCGAGAAUGGUACAUCACUUCGAGCCAUGACACCUCGAGACCUACUCAAGUGGUGCGACCGGAUAGCAGUGCUUCUUGGACAGUCUGCAUCUUUCAGCAACGCGCAAAAGGAUGACAUAUUCAUGGAGGCAUUCGACUGCUUUGCUGGAAGUCUCCGUACCGAGGGCGCGCGCCUGAAGGUCAUGUCAUGCGUGGCUGAGGAGUUACAUAUUGACCCUCAACGACGAGACCACCUAUUGCGGAAUCGUGAAGUCAAGCUUCAAGUACCUUCGAAGAUCACGGCAUCUGGUACUAUCCAAAUCGGACGAGCGCGACUGUCCAAGCACAAGUCCUCAAAGAAACUGGGCUCAGGACGACCGUUUUCAACCAAUGACUACACCUUACGUCUGCUUGAGAAGGUGGCUGUAGCAGUCGAUCGCCAGGAGCCACUCCUCCUAGUGGGUGAAACGGGUACCGGAAAGACCACGUGCAUUCAGUAUCUGGCUGAGCAGCUUGGCCGAAAGCUGGUAGCCUUCAAUUUGUCACAGCAAAGUGAGAGUGGCGACCUGCUUGGUGGUUUCAAGCCUGUAAAUGUACGCAGCCUAGUAAUCCCACUCAAGGAUGAAUUCGAUGAGAUCUUUGAUACUACCUUCUCAAGAAAGAAGAAUUUACGGUUCAUCGAAAUGCUCGGCAAACGCAUAGCAAAAGGCGAGUGGAAGCGCGUAUGUGCACUCUGGCGCGAGGCCUUGAAGAUGGUAGACGCAGCCCGGAAGUCGCACGAGUCGCAAACGUCAUCCCCAGAUCCUGAUGGCGGCCAACCCAAGAAGAAGCGGAAGAUGGACUCAUUACCUGUCAACUUCCCAACUGCGCGAUGGGAGAAGUUUGCGACCGAUCUCCACGACCUAGAAGCCCAGCUCUCUAAUGGUUCAGAGGCAUUUGCCUUUUCCUUCCUGGAGGGUAACAUUGUUAAGGCAGUCAGGAAUGGCGAUUGGGUGCUUCUUGAUGAAAUCAACUUGGCAUCUUCAGACACACUAGAGGCGCUCACUGAUCUCCUAGGUGGUGGUCCAGAUGGAAACCCAUCGAUACUAUUGACCGAGACUGGCAACGUUGAACGAGUGGUCGCACAUCCCAAUUUCAGGGUGUUCGCCGCGAUGAACCCGGCCACCGAUGUAGGCAAGAAGGACCUGCCGCCGGGCAUUCGAUCACGGUUCACAGAACUAUACGUUGAAAGCCCAGACGGUGAUGAGAAGAGCUUGCGUAACAUUGUGGAGAAGUAUCUGGGUGGCGACGGCACAGAUCCAGCAAUAGUACGGGUAGCGCGCGAUGUCACCACACUGUAUCUUGACAUUCAGAAGCUCGCCAAAGCCAAUAUGCUCGUGGAUGGCGCCGACCAGAAAGCUCACUUCAGUUUACGGACUUUGACACGAACAUUGUCAUAUGCCAGGGAUAUUGCGCCUCUUUGUACCCUCCGUCGAGCCCUGUACGAAGGAUUUCACAUGAGUUUCUUGACCUUUCUAGGUAAGGCUUCGGAAGACCUGGUAGCUCCGCUCAUUACCAAACACCUGUUCCCUCAGAAGGCUCCCAUGAAGGCUGAGCUCGGAAAGCCCCUUCAACAACCUUCAGAUGGUCGAGGCUACGUCAGACAAGGCCAUUAUUGGCUUCGACAGGGUAUACAUGAUGUGGAAGAGCAGUCGCACUACAUUAUCACUCCCUUUGUUCAACGCAAUAUGAACAACCUCAUCCGAGCUGCUUCCACACGAAAGUACCCAGUGUUAAUUCAAGGACCCACAUCCUCCGGUAAGACAAGUAUGAUCGAAUACCUCGCCAAACGAUCAGGGAACAAGUUCGUCCGUAUCAACAACCACGAGCAUACCGACUUGCAAGAGUACUUGGGCUCGUAUAUCUCCGGUGCUGACGGGAAACUCACAUUCCAAGAGGGUAUACUCGUGCGAGCACUACGCGAAGGCCAUUGGAUCGUUCUCGAUGAGCUCAACUUGGCACCCACAGACGUCCUGGAAGCCCUGAAUCGCCUGCUUGAUGACAACAGAGAGCUUCUCAUACCAGAAACACAAGAGGUCAUUCGGCCGCAUGAGGACUUCAUGCUCUUCGCCACGCAAAACCCGGCUGGUCUGUACGGAGGACGCAAAGUCCUAUCGCGAGCCUUCCGUAACCGGUUCCUGGAACUACACUUUGACGACAUUCCCGUGGAGGAGUUGACCGAGAUUCUGCAUCGUCGCACUAUGAUUCCGGAAACAUGGUGUAAGCGGAUCGUAAAGGUCUAUCGGGAACUUUCCACACUUCGACAAGAGAAUCGCAUCUUUGAGCAGAAGAGUUUCGCCACGCUACGAGACUUGUUCAGAUGGGCACAACGAAAAGCAGACACCGUGCAGGAUCUUGCAAACAACGGUUACAUGCUUCUUGCAGAACGCGUGCGCAAAGAGGAAGAGCGAGUCGCUGUUAAAAAAAUUCUGGAGACCGUGAUGAGCGAAAAGGGCCCUAAAGUGACGAUUAACGAAGAGCAGUUAUUCAGCCCCGACAGCUUGUCGAAUAUUGAGGGACUCAGCAAUGGUGUGACUAUGGUCAACACUGAUGUUGUUUGGACACGCGCGAUGCGUCGUCUAUCUGUUCUUGUUGCACACGCGAUUCGCAACAAUGAACCCGUCCUACUCAUUGGAGAGACAGGUUGUGGAAAGACGACCGUCUGUCAAUUGCUCGCCGAUCAGUUCAAUACUCAACUUCAUAUCGUCAACGCUCACCAGAAUACCGAAACCGGCGAUUUGAUCGGUGCGCAACGACCCAUCAGAAACCGAGCCGCUAUUGAAGAAUCUGUGAGAGAGCAGGUGCUUCAGGCGUUCGCUGGAACCCCAACCGAAAGCAUACAGGUUGAUCCGACUUCCCUGGGUUUCGAAGACCUUAUGGCGCUUUACGACAGGAUCGCCAAAGAAUCGCCAAGUCUAUUCACCGACGAGGUUCACAAGUCUAUACUUCUCAACCGAGCUAAGGCUGGCGCUUUGUUCGAAUGGGCGGACGGUAGCUUGGUCUAUGCAAUGAAGCAAGGCCACUACUUCCUUCUCGACGAGAUCUCGCUAGCUGAUGAUUCCGUGCUCGAGCGCCUAAACAGUGUUCUCGAACCUUCACGGUCCCUCUUGCUUGCAGAGAAGGGCCCGGUAGACUCACAUAUCACAGCUAGCGAUGGGUUCCAAUUCCUUGCUACUAUGAACCCAGGUGGAGAUUACGGCAAAAAGGAGCUUUCGCCUGCCCUUCGGAACCGCUUCACGGAGAUUUGGGUACCUGCCAUGUCCGAUCUUGAUGACAUCCUGGAAAUCGUGCGUUCGAAACUGAAGCCUAGCCUGGUGCCACACGCUGGAGCUAUUGUGUCAUUUUCGCAAUGGUUCAACGACAAGUACAACACCUCCGUCGCCUCUUCGAUAUCAAUUCGUGAUACCCUGGCAUGGGUGUCUUUUAUCAACGACUCGACACAUGAUGAUCCGAUAUUCGGUGUCGUUCACGGUGCGGCGAUGGUUUUUAUCGAUACACUUGGAGCCAAUCCAGCAGGUUUACUCGCCAUCUCUGCGGCCACAAUCGAUGAUGAGAAGACGGCAUGUCUGCAUCAUCUGAGCAAGCUUCUCGGCCAGGAUGUCGCACCGAUGUACUUUGGCGCUAUUGAUAUCUCGAACACGGAGCACUCCUUCCGACUGGGAUCUUUCUCUAUUCCUAAGUUUUCGUCAGCAGCGUCGCAGGCGUCAAAUUUUGCGCUUGAGGCACCGACGACUCGUUCCAAUGCGAUGCGUGUGAUCCGCGCGCUACAGCUUCCAAAGCCAAUCUUACUCGAAGGUAACCCGGGUGUGGGUAAAACCACAUUGGUUACUGCCCUAGCUAAAGCGAUUGGCAAACCUUUGACCCGUCUCAACCUUUCGGAACAGACAGAUCUCAUGGAUCUAUUCGGAUCGGACGUGCCUGUCGAGGGAGGAGCCGCCGGUACGUUCGCUUGGCGGGACGCGCCAUUUCUCAAAGCAAUGAAGAACGGCGACUGGGUACUUCUUGACGAGAUGAACUUGGCGUCACAGUCAGUACUUGAAGGUCUCAACGCGGUCCUUGAUCAUCGUGGUGAAGUUUAUAUCUCUGAGCUAGAUCAGACGUUCCACAAACAUCAAGACUUCAGAGUAUUUGCUGCGCAGAAUCCGCAUCACCAAGGCGGCGGCCGCAAGGGUCUGCCUGCAUCCUUCGUCAACCGAUUUACCGUCGUUUACGCCGAUGUCUUCCGUCCAGAGGAUCUCACGCUCAUCUGCAACAAAGUCUUCCCUAGUGUUAAUGAGCAGGAAGUCUCCAAGCUCAUCCGUUUCGUUGCAGAGUUGGAUGAACAAGUAGUCAACCGUCGCGCAUUCGGUAACCUUGGCGCACCUUGGGAGUUCAACUUGCGUGAUACUCUACGCUGGUUGCAGCUUCUCACUUCGAUAGACUUCCCGGGUUCAGCGCGAGACUUUCUGGAUACUAUCUUUGUCCAACGCUUCCGUGCGGAGAACGAUCGCGUCCGACUACGUAAGCUGUUCGAGAACCAGUAUGGCAUCCACCAACCCCGCAUGAAUCUCUUCCACAACUUGAGUACUGAGGCUGUUCAAGUUGGCCUCGGUUUGCUACCACGUGAUAUCGCCGUGGCACGUCCCGAUGUUAUGUCAACUCUCCGCACUUCGCAGCUGGGACCGAUGGAAGCUCUUCUGGUCAGUGUCAAGCAAAACUGGCCGGUCAUUAUCGUAGGUCCACCUGGCUCUGGUAAGACUGCUAUGAUCAGCCAGUUGGCAGGUUUCGUCGGUACAGACUUGAUCACCUUCUCUAUGAAUGCAGACGUUGACGCUAUGGAUCUUGUUGGUGGGUAUGAGCAGUUGGAUCCGACACGAGAGGUCCAUCGAUGCCUUGAGCAGGCGGAGGAGCUCGUCCGAAGACAUGUCGCAACCAGCACGAAACCUUCAACCGUACAUCUUCAAUUACUGGAACGUCUUCAGGUUGGCUCCUUCGCGACCGACAACGGCGGUAUAGUGCAGUUUCUCGAGAACCUUGCGGGGCUCAGCCCUGAAGCGUCUGAGCUGGCCCAUAAGCUGCAUUCAGCACUGCAAGCUUCUAAUCAACAGAUCGAUGGCGCACGUUUCCAAUGGGUCGACGGUAUCCUUAUUCGCUCGCUUGAGCAGGGCAAAUGGCUCGUCCUCGACAACGCAAACCUGUGCUCAAGCGCUGUUCUGGACCGACUUAACUCGCUACUCGAGCCUAACGGCUACCUUUCAAUCAACGAACACUCCACAGAUGAUGGCGAAGCACGCAUCGUACGCCCACACCCGAACUUUCGUAUAUUCAUGACUAUGGAUUCGAAGUACGGAGAAUUGUCAAGAGCAAUGCGAAACAGAGCUGUCGAGAUAUGUUUGUUGGAGGGUGAACAUGAGGCUGUCCAAGACGAUCGACUGAUGGUUCAAUAUCCGCUUGACUCUGCUAUGUAUCGGUAUCGCCAAUUUCAAGAACACGAAGGUCAUUUGUCGAUAACUCUAGAACAACGCUUCGAGAGUUUGGGACUCCAGGACAACGAUUUGUUGGCAAGUUUCGCCAAGCAGACCCGACAAGGACUUGUGUCAUCUACCUCUAUGCAAUCGAAUGGUAUCAACGGUCUUGAUGCCACACAGCUAACACCCGUGGUACCUCAAGCUAACGUUGACGAUCGAAUCCCACGAUUUUCUCGUUUCCUAGAGACAACAUGGGCACCACACGCAAAGGAGGUUUACAACAAACUGGGGACGGAUGAGCUGACAAGGCUUCGCUCCUAUCAUCCUCUAGGCAACGAGCUGUUCCUCAACCGUACCGAAGCAUCAAAGAGCCUAAAUGUCUGGAGUGCGUCCAUGUAUGAGAUCAUGUUCGAUCUUUACAACAUGCAACAGGCCAUUCAAGAUCUUCCAUCCGCUCGAUUUGAACGUCGCAAAGAGAGACAGAAGCUGCCAGCAUUCUUGUAUGCGUACUGGCAAAGUCUCGUCAAAGUCAUUGACGACUUUUGGAAUGCGCUUCAGCAAGACCAUCAGUUCGACGCUGCUUUCCUCAAGCCCUUGCGAACAUUGUUCUGGGCCUUCCAUGCUCUCACUACUGCUUCCACGUUCGAUCGCGCUACGCUCCAGACUUAUCUGAAGAUGCUGGCGUCUGCUAUACCCGCCAUAGCCGGAGACUCAGGUCCCCUUAUACAGUCUAUGAGUAAUGCACUCUCCAAACAGAUCGCCGUCUUCGGGUCCGACGUCCAGCUAACCACAGGGUUGGGUAUGGAAUAUAUCUGGCGCGCGUUCAAAGCAUCUACACCCACGACUUACGCUCAGCUAAAUGCUAUCUUGGAACUCGAAAGCUUAGCCGACAGGCUUGAUGCAAUUAUGUGGCAGUCAACCCUACGCGUGGAUGAGAUGGUACAGUUACGCGAAAGGGUCGCUAGCUCGCUGAAUCUUGUUCGAAAAAAUCAAGUAGACGCCAAAGAACUUGUCGCAGGUCUCAGUGCAGCGAUCCACGAGCUUGAGCAGAACAUCAGCGAAGACAGUAUGGUGAUCACCCCAUACUUUGAGGACGAAUUUGAGGGUCUCUGCCAGUUCCUAGACAUCGCGCGCGACGACGUCGUUACUGAAAAAUCCGCAUCGCCUACAGCGAUUGUUGUAGCCACGCGAGCGAAGUCAGCCCUGUUUGCCCGGCGAGCAACAAAACUCGUAGAUCUCGCAUUCGGGCGAUCUCAUCAUGGAUCGGAGCAUUUUACCAAACUAUAUCGCCAUCUCGGGUUAACGCGCAAGCCAGCGAACGCUAUGGUACUCCAAGGCCGAUUUCACACCGCGGUACUUUUAAAGCUACAUGAUGCCGAUGGGGUUCAGUUGGCACAGCUCGACCGGUUCGAGACGGAACUACAAGUCCUCUCCCAACAGGUGUCACUCGACGCUGGCCGCAUAACGAACGACCAAAAUGCUGCGCUAGACUUACUUUACACGGAUAUUUAUAACGAGAUCAUCGCAUCGCACGCCAAUAUACUUGUUAAGGUGGUGAAUGAAGGCCCGGUUGUAGUAUCUUCGGAUGCCAACAUUCCUGAUGUCUAUCGAUCGACUCUAGAGGCUGGUAUCGCAAGAUGCGCUCGAGCGCCUAACUCUAGUAUCGACUCAACAGCGUGGGUCCACUUGGGCCUUCUAGGUCUACAGUUGUACGUUCCUAAUUACCCACACGAUCCUGCACUCAGGCCCAUGAUCGAACGGGAUAUGUUUACUGCCGAAAAAGAUUAUCUCCUGAAAGCACUCAGUGCCUUGAAGCAAUUCCAGAUUGACUUCACCGGGCAAGAUACAAGCUUCCGUAUCCGGCGAGUCGAAGAAGUGAUCGAUAACAUGGGUCAAGAGCCACCUGUGCCGGCCAUCGUUCGUCCUGUUAUCUCCGAGCUCGAUGAUCUUCAAGGCGAGUUCACAAACUUGUUGAGCACCGUACAACCUCUCUUGAACCAAUCAAUGUCAGUUCAAGAAGCGGCCCGUGACCAAACCUUGCAGCAAAAUAUCCUUCGAAUUAUCCAGCGGCUCACGGAAGGAUAUCGAUCAUAUGACGACAUCACAGAUAUCGCAGUCGGAUUCCUCGCUUGUCUGCAGAUUGGUCUCACUAUGGGCCAAAGAGAAGAAGAGAAAAACGUCCAGGGCAAUGUCAGCAAGAGCUUAGUAUAUAUGUCAUCGAGGACACCUUUCUUUGGGCGAUCCCAGCCAAUGGAGAGAUCGGAGUCAGUGUUGCAGCUCAUGGAAGAGAGUCUGGGUCACCGCGAACAUGCUGUCGAUCUCAGGUGGCACACUUUGUACUUUCUGCUUGUGCUGAACAACACUGAUUCGGCUGCUAUGACUACACCCACAGCCAGAACACUACUGCAUGAUUUGUUUGCUAGCUUGUACGGCGAUUGGAAGGCCAAGCUACUUCAAGAUCAGGAAAAGGAAGCGCAAAACUCGAGCCUGUACACGUAUCGUGGAAUGGACGACGAUGAAGUCGAAGAAGACCCGACUCUCUUUCCGGACUAUGAUGCAGAUGAAGAGGAACAAGCCAAACCGGCCCGAUUGCCUUCAAAUUCUCGGGAUCAUGCAAUUCGACUUGCCAACAUUCAUGCCGAGCUUUUUGUCCAAGGCCGGGACGCUUCAGACUCCAUCAAGGCUUUGCUAGAGUGGUGUGCCACCGAACUGAAUCGCAUAUCGGUUGGCAAGAGCUAUGGUAGCAAGCAUGAAGAUGUGUUGCCAACCAUCUAUCUCUCGCUCGAGAAGAAGGCCAACGCGCUAUCGACCCCAGGCACAGCGAGGACCUACAAUUUCUACUUCGACGCCAACCUAUCGGAAGCCAAGCGCCUCAUCACGCUCAUCCACCGUAUUCAGGCACGCUACCGCCAAAUCCGCAGUGUUUGGCCAGAGCAUGCUACUCUCUCGGAAGUUUUACGUACCUGUGACGAAGCCCUCGAGUUCCGACAUGUCGAUCCUGUGGCAAAGUUCAUCACAAAGGCCGAGAAGCUUUAUGCUUACAUGCAUGAAUGGCAGAAGGUUGCCAGCAAAGAAUACAACACUGCCAAUCUCUUCGACGAUCUUACCAAGCUCCUGGUUAGCUGGAGAGAGCUUGAGCUCACGACGUGGGCGCGACUGUUCGACAUGGAGGAGGAAAAAUACCGUGACGACGCAAAGAGCUGGUUUUUCGUCGCAUAUGAGACGGUCAUCGCCGCGUCAGAGAGCAGCGAAGAUGAGAAGAACCUGCAGAUGCAUGUCAAGAACUUACUCAAAUCCUUAGAAGGGUUCUUCGAGGCGACAACGCUAGGUCACUUCGAGCAGCGUAUCAAGCUCUUAGGGCAGCUUCGUCAACACGCAGCCAUGCGCAUGCAAGAUGUUGAUGCCUUCAAAACUGUGCAUGCUGCACUCGACAAUUUCCUUGCCUACUACUCGCGUCUUGAGAAGCCAGUGCACGAAACUCUCGCUAAGGGCCGCCAAGCACUGGAGAAGCAGAUCACCGAUGUCAUCAAGCUUGCAAGCUGGAAGGACACAAACAUCGAGGUCUUGAAGCAGAGUGCAAAAGCCAAUCAUCGCAAGUUGACCAAACUAGUCCGCAAGUUUAGGGCAUUGCUCAAUCGGCCUAUUUCUGGUAUAAUGGGCGCUGGCUUCCCGGAUGAGAAUCAUCUACUACAAGACGUCUCCUUGGAAAACGUUAUCACUGCUGUCAACCCUGAGGCACUGGAGCUCUGCGCAACCAGCAUUCCUGGAUGGGAGGAGAGGCCUACUCGCUUCAAAAACCUUGCUGUUACAGUCUCGAUGAUGCGCAAUCUCACAACGCCGAAGACUGAUACUGUUGAUGGCGCAUCGUACAUCAGCGAGUUCAUUACUGACCUCUCUGGUUCUAUCAUCGAGCUGCAAAAGGCUACUCCCACUACGCUCACUGAGGAAAACAAGGCAUCUGUGCAACAUCUCAAGACUCAGAAGCGUAAGCUUUACGCCGAUACGAUGAAAGAGCUGCGGCAAAUGGGCGUCAACUCAAAUCUAAGUGUCGAUACACUAGCAAAGCAGGAUGAACUUUCGACAAUACUCUCAACUAUGCCACUGAUCAAAGGAGGCGAGAACACUGGCGAUGUCGCUGAGUAUUACCUACACAAGGCACUCAACAUCAUGCCUCAGGUUCGCGCAGUCACUAGGGAACAUUCCGGUGACUUGACUCCGAAUGACGUGGCAAGAAGUAUCGGCUAUCUGGAGGGUUUGCUGUAUGCUUCUAUUCGGCAGCGCAAUGUGCUCAGCAAGGCUGCACGCAGUUUCGAGCAGAUCAAUGCGCCGAUGUCGCUUGUCGCCAACUCUUGCCAAUUGGAGCACGGUCAACUCUCCCUAGUUUCCGAACAGGUAGACGUCUCAGACUUCGUACAACCACAGCUGCGUUGGCUCUCUGCUAUGCUGAAGACCGCCACCGAUGUGAUAAAUGCCCAAGCCAAUCUCGGGAAGACGAAUGAGCUGGACGCGUUGAUCCGGGAAAUGCGCGCCUGGACCAGCACCGCCCAGAACCUUGCCGAUGCAUACGAUCAAUUGCCAAAGCUACCAUCUAACGUCCAGUCCGCUGGUUACCAAGGAGUCAACAAUACCGUCAAAGCUUUCUUGUCCGACCUUCGGGGAGCGUUCAGCGCAUCUAUCAACAAUAGUGACAUUGCGCACACCGUGCUUCGGCAAGUCGAACCGUUCCUCUUCCACUACCCUGCUACCAAUGUCGUCCAAUUUUCAGAUGAUCUACACACAUCCGUGGAGGCUCAUACCAAAGACAUUCUUGCUUCUCUGGAUCUUAUCUUGGGUUCGAUGCAAGAUGUGGAGGCUGCAAUGGCGGGCAUCCCUGCUUCAACGGAUGAUGCGUCCUGGCUCCUCAAAGAAGAGCAAGCGCUUUCUGCUGCGCUCAUGGCUUUACACGCUCCUCAUAUCAGUGAUACUUUGCAGACGCUGCUCGACAAGAUGCAGUACCUCCAUGGGGACGCCAAUUUACAAGGUAUUGUCGCUUUGUUCGCUUGCGUCAAACCUAUCAUGGAUCAAUACGUGGCAACGCACAAGUAUAUCGUCAACCGCCUCGACGCUCUUCAUGCGUCAACUGCGAAUCUACUUCACCGCCUCUCGAAGUCGUUUAUUCAAAUCGGCACGCAAGGCUUCUGUCAACCCCCCGAGAAGUCUAACGAUCCACAGAAGGGUAAAGACGAGAAGCUUGAAUCUGGUACUGGUCUCGGUGAGGGAGAAGGUGCUGAAGAUAUCUCCAAAGAUAUUGAGGACGACGAAGACCUUGAGGAUUUGGCACAAGAGCAGAAGGGCGAGCGUGAGGGAAGUAUCGAAGAACAGGAAGAUGCAGUCGACAUGGGUGAGCAAGAGAUGGAAGGCGAGACGGAGGAGGUUGGAGAGAAGGAAGACAAAGGCGAUGAGUCUGGCGAAGAAGGAGACGAUGACGCGCAAAGUGAGGUUGGCAGUGUGGAUGAUCUCGGCCCUAGUGCCGUGGACGAAAAGAUGUGGGACGAUGGUGGCAAAGAAGACGAUGCCAAAGACAAAGAAGGAAAAGAAGACGUGGGGACUGAAGACCAAGAGGAGCAAGUUGCUGCCGAGCAGAAGGAAAAGGAGAAGAGCGGUGAGGAUAAAGAGGAAGAUGGAGAAGAUGAAAAGAAGGAGGGAGAAGAAGACGAAGAUAUGGAGAUGGAAGGCGAGGACCAGGAUGAGAACGUUGGUGCUGGCGAGAAAGAGCAGAUGGACCCCCACGCAAAAGAAGAAGAGACAUUGGACUUGCCAGAAGACUUGAAUAUGGAUGGUCAAGAUGACGAAGGCAAAGAGGACGAUGAUCUUGGAGAUAUGGACAUGGGUGACGAUUUGCCAGAAGACGAAAUUGGUCCGGAUGUCGAUCCAGGCCAGCCCGAUACCGUGGAUGAAGAUAUUGGUCCCGAGCAAGAAGGCGAGGAGGAGAAAGAUACAACCGGUCAUGUUGAAGAUGAAGAACAGCCAGAUGGAGAACAGGAAGAUGAGGGUGACGAGCCGAUGGACGACGAUGACGCUGUUCCUCUUCCAGAUGAGAAUAUGCCAGAAGACGAGGUUCGCGACCAGAAGGAUACUGACCAGGCUGACCCCAGUGCCGAAGCUGGUGCAGGUACCGAAGCCAAUGAAGAAGCGCACAAGAACCAAAAUGAACAAGCUUCUGCCAGUGCCGCGAACCAAGACGAAGGUCAAGAGGGAGAGUCAGCCGAACAGCAACAAGCACCGACGACUGAAGACGGGCAGCUUGGACAAACAGCAGCGCCAGAUGCUGGUGGACAUGGAGAGCAGCCUGAGGAGUCUAAAGAGACGCAGUCUUUCAAGAAGCUGGGCGAUGUGCUAGAGAAGUGGUACAACCAGCAGAAACAGAUUCAAGACGCCCAAGAGAAGGAUGAGACGCAAGCUCAGCAAAUUGACAAGGAGAUCGACAUGGCUGAUGCGGACUUUGAACAUCUUGGCGAUGACGAACAGCAGGCGGAUACACAAGCACUGGGUACCGCGACUGAGGACCAAGCAAAAACUUUGGAUCACGACAUGGCUCUGCCGAUGAACGAAGAGGAAGAAAAGAUGCCAACUCGACCCGAUGAUAAGGACGAAGAGAUGACAGGAGCUGAUAAAGACACCGAGAUGGAGGAGCCUGAGCAGCAACAAGACCAAGACCAAGAAGCUCAGCAACCGCAAUCGAACGCGAUGGAAGGCCAACCGCAGGCUUUCGUCGGCGAACAGCGGCCCUUCCCUGAUCAAGAAGACGAAGACAUGGCCGAUGCUGUUGAACUCGACGAUGAUGUUUCGUCUACGACGUCUUCUGCAGACAACAUUGAAGCCCAGCUCUCGCUCACGCACCUCGACCCAUCCACCAUGGAUUCCACAUCGGCACGCGCCCUUUGGCUCGCCCAUGAAGCUUCGACACAUUCGCUGUCCCAACAACUUACAGAGCACCUCCGCCUCAUUCUCGCGCCCACUCUCGCCACAAAGCUCCGCGGCGACUUCCGCACGGGAAAGCGACUCAACCUCAAGCGCAUCAUCCCAUACAUUGCAUCAGGUUAUAAGCGCGACAAGAUCUGGCUACGACGCAGUAUGCCAAGCAAGAGGAGCUACCAAGUCAUGAUAGCGCUAGAUAACAGUGGCAGUAUGGCCGAUAGCGGAGCCAGCGGUCUCGCACUCAAGACCCUUACUCUCGUCACUCGCUCGUUGUCUAUGCUUGAAGUUGGUGAAGUCAGCGUCGUAGGCUUCGGCGACGAGGUCAAUGUCGCGCAUGACUUUGACAAGCCCUUCACUUCCGAAGCUGGUGUACGUGUCUUUGAGCAAUUUGGUUUCGACGCCAAGAAGACAAAUGUUCGGGGCCUGGUUGACAAAAGUCUGGAGCUGUUCAAAGAUGCUCGGCAGAAGGGAUCAAGUUCAGCAGGUGAAGACCUAUGGCAACUAAUGCUCAUCGUUAGCGACGGUCUAUGUGACGAUCACGCCGAAAUUCAACGCCUCGUUCGUAAGGCACAAGAAGAGCGUGUGAUGAUUGUUUUCAUCAUCAUCGAUAGCUCUGCCGCCGCACCUCUGGUGCCGACACCAGCACCGUCUGAUAACCCAGGCGCGCAGCCACCGGCGCCAGUAAAGGAUCAAGCGAAGACUUCUAUACUGGAUCUGCAGUCUGCGGUGUUCACACCCGAGGGCAAGAUCGUGAGAUACAAGUACAUGGAGCAGUUCCCAUUCAGGUACUACUUGGUAGUGAGGGAUGUUAGGGAGUUGCCGGGAGUUUUGGCGGGGGCACUGAGGCAAUGGUUUGGAGAAGUUGCUGGGAGUGUUUAA